UUCUAUGUGUUGGUAUGUUUUCAUGUUUUGGUCCCUUUAUUUUCUUAUAUUUUCCUUCCUCUCGCUCUCUCUAUGUUACACUUUGAGUCAUAUACUAUGUUUGUUGCAUUUCUUUCUCUCGAAAAUUGUCAUCUUGCUCUAGUUAGUUUCAUUCUUCUUUUCAAGUUAUUUAACAUGUUUGCUUUUGUUUGACAACAAUCGCUCCCGCUGUACACGACAGUUGCGCUUGGCCGAUACCAAUGGUAUAUACUCACCUGUGGAGUUUUGCGCAAUGCAGUAAUGCUUAGAAAGCUUCACUGUGAAGGUGAUAAAGACAUCAUGUGCUGGUUCAUGAAAUAGACUUUUUGCAAGUGAACUUCAAUUUCCGACAGUAUAAACAGCCUCUUUGUUACAAUAGCUUGGCAGACAUGCUUACCUUCAAGAAACAGUGUACAUAACUCUUUGCGCAACUAAUCAUUGCGUCAGCUGUGAUGUCGUGCACAUGUAGGUGGACGGUCUAAAACACUAGGUGGGUAGCAUUUCUGGAACCCUCGGCUGCAGGUUCCCUCAAUCAUGUCGUGGUUUUGCAAUGUUUAAGCCCCUACCAAUAGUUAAGUUUAGAUGGCAUGCGAUUCAUUUUGUUGCCCAAUAUUCAGAUUUCUAGGGUGCUGCAGCCAAAAUGAUCUGGGCAAAGAAAAUAAAGACCGCUCACAAUUGUGCUGAAAUAAAGUAGAAAAUUUAUCAGCGAUACAGUAUGCACAAUACAUUCUUACAGCAAGGGUUUUGUUUUCAGGUGUCCUUGUUGAGAAACGAUUUAAGAACCUGCGUGAUAUCUUCAAAAGGAAACAACACGACAUACGUGAAAAAACAAAGAAGUGGAGCCGGAGCAGCCGACAUUCCAACAAUAAAAUGGCCCCAUUUUGAGGCCAUGCUUGAAUUAAUGGAAGGAGAGUCUGAGCCUGUGGCGUAAGUUCAAUAUUAGCUGACUAUUGAGUACUAAACAAAAAAAAAGUUGAUUUAAUUCACAUGACUGUUAUACAUACACAUAAAUACUCACAUAUCAAUACACAUAAGUACACUGCACAUAAACAUAGAAGUCCCAAGAGGUAAUUCACAGUGGGCAUGCAUGUGAUCAUGAACAUGAUGGCAAUGGGCUGUUUUGAUGUCGAAUAACUGUGGCUACAGCUACGAAGAAUAACUCAGUGCAUCAUUCUUUCUGGAUACUGUGCAACAUGAGUGCCAUUGACCAAAGCAGCCACAUCACAGCAGAAGAGGCUAACGAGAGAUCACCGCCUCGGCCAAGACAUGCAGCGGAACCGGAACGUACCCCUGAUACGGCUGAGGAGACUCGUGUCGACACCUGCAGCAAUGAGUCACGCUCGUCAAGACGACAACGGACCUGCGAGGGCGCUAGCAAUGCAGGAGAGGGCACAAGCCAUGAAGCUGUGGCGCAAGCGUGCAUGGAGCACCUUGAACACAUCAGAGCGAACAAGGGGGUCAUCAAAAAAGAUAACAUUGGUUUCUUCGCUCUACGUACCGAUGCACCCCUCAGAGAGCUACCAGUGCACAUUGCACAAGAUGUAAUGCAUGCAGUAGAACUUAUGCUGUAUGAAGCAGAGGCAAAAUUGCAUCAGAGCAGUGAAGCAAAUUGAAGUGUUUAUAUAAUAAAGUCAAUGACACCCAUCUUUUUUUUAUCUUGUGUUCACUUUUCUAGUCCUAACUUAAAGGGGUCAUGACUGGUCACUCAACAAUUGACGGUUGUCAGCAAAAAACAAAACUACAGAGUAAAAUGUGCUAGUACACGUGUGAAAAGGGGCCUUAAGAGAUUAUUUUAGUCAAAAAUAUGCCGUAGAAGUGCUCGGCUCCUAAAACUCAACCUACCACAAGUGACCGCCAUUUUGUCAUGGCGUGCGCGACGUCACAAGCCGAAGGAGCAGUGGCAAAUGGUAUACGCAUUGCACAUUCACGAAAUUAUUUGCUGCAAGUACCAACGCUACAUUGCUGACACAGUAGCCAUGUUUCGACCCCUGGAAGUCAUUUAGCUUUAGUGGAGAGUUCAACAAUGCAAAAAA